AUGUUAACAAGUAAACCUCAUAGCAUUAAUUCAUGGGAGUUUUUGAAAGAGGAUGAUUAUUUUUAUGAAAUAAUGUUAGAUGCAUUGAUUCCUUUAAUGUAUUGCGUUGGCUCGGUUUCUUUCUUGAUAAUAAUUUACAUCAAAAACAUCAAUCAAAACAAUCAAGUUUAUCAACCUUUAUUAAAUAAUCAACGACAGGAUUCAGCCUAUGGUUCUUUUCAGAGAGGACCUGAAACUCUUGGCGAGAAUUUAGGAGGCCAAGGCCAAGAAGAAGAUGUUGUUGAAAAUGUAGAAGAGGACGAAUACGAUCAUAAUUCAGAUGCAACAUUAGUAUCGUCAGAUGAGCUUAUUGGUCCAACUAAAAAAACAAAAAAAUUUGAUAUUGUUAGAUUGCUUCUUAGUUCAAUAAUGUUGGGUCGUUACUUAUCACCGGAAUUGAGUGCCUCUUUAUACGAUCAAAUUACCUUCUCUUGGGUUAAUCCCUUGAUCAGCAAAGGUUUUAGAAAAACUCUUGAUGAAUCUGACAUUUACGAAUUACCAAAAUUUAACAGGGCUAGAAAUAUAUUAAAAAAAUUUCAUUCAUCACGAAAAAGUUCUUUUGUUCUUUCCUUGUUUAGUACUUUCAAGAAGGAGCUCUGUAUUCAAUCUGCAUACUCUCUCGUCUGGAUAACUAUAAGUAGCUUUGGUCCACCUUAUUUCCUAAAAGAAAUAUUAAUUUAUGUAGAAAAUUAUCCGAUUAAACAGGAAGAUUCUCGGUCAACUGCUUACUAUUAUGUGUUUGGUUUAUUAUUGUCUACGAUAGUGCCAAGUUUAUGUUUUCAACAAUCUUUAUAUAUUGGUCGUCAAAUAUGUAUAAAGAUUCAGGAUACCAGCGGUGCUACAAAUGACGAAAAUUCAAAAAAUAAAACUGGAAAUAUUACAAAUCUCAUGGCUGUCGAUGCUCAAAAAGUCUCUGAAAUUUCUUCCUAUUUUUUUUACCUAGCAAUGUUACUUACCUAUCCUGUUCCUACAUAUAUAAAUCAACGUUUUGAAAAAUUUCAAAUACGUCUUAUGGCUGCAACAGACAAAAGAUUGGGCGUCAUAAAUGAGUCUCAGUUUCGUGGUAAAGUAAUGGAGGCUCGUGAACUGGAACUUAUAGAAAUUCGUAAUCGAUUGGUGCAAUGGAUCUAUCUGGGUUGUCUUUGGACUGCACUACCAUUGUUGGUUAUGUUAUCUGUGUUUUUAACCUAUACCAAAAUACUUGGAUAUGAUUUAUCUGCUCCAGUCGCCUUUACUGCACUUGCUCUCUUUAACAAGCUUCGUCAUGCUUUAGAUGAAAUACCAUCAACCAUAAUAGCCUUCAUUCAGGCUCGUGUCUCUAUAUCUCGUGUUGAGAAAUUUUUGGCUGAGCCGGAAAUUAGUAAUAAUAAUAAUAAAUUAAAUCAACAAUCAUUAUUUGAUGAAAAUAGUCGAUGUUUAAUUGGUUUCAAGGAUGCCUCAUUUAGAUGGCCUGAUGGCGGUGACUCAGAUACUACUACACUUAACAACCUGCCACCAUCGUUAGAUUCACCAUCAAUUAAUGACCAAUCAAAUAAAUUCCUUUUACGAGAUUUAAAUGUUAGUUUUCCUGUUAAUGAACUAUCUAUAAUUUGUGGUCCAACAGGCUGUGGAAAAACUAGCUUACUGAUGGCUCUAUUAUGUGAAAUGGAAUGUUUAAAUGGUUAUGUUUUCUUGCCUAGAAAAUCUAAUAGUCAAUUAUCAAAAAAUAUUGUUGGUGGUGCUCCCAGCGGGGUUGCAUAUGUUGCUCAAACAGCUUGGCUUCAAAAUGCAACAAUACGUGAUAACAUUCUUUUUGGUCUCCCGUAUGAAGAAGUUCGUUAUAACAAUGUCAUUUCUAUUGGAAUUUUGGGAGAUAUUUCUAUUGAGGAAGAAAAUGAAAAAGGCGGCGAUGAUGAUGAAUUAAAAAAUAAAUCUACUGAACAUGCUAAACCAAAAUCAAAAUCAGCUAAUGGUAGUGACGGCAAAUUGGUUUUAGAAGAGAAAAGAGAACAGGGUGCUAUUAAAUGGAUUGUUUACAAAACUUAUUUAUCAGCCACUGGUGGUUAUUUAUUUUGGGUAUUUUUAUUGUCCAUGUUUAUACUGGUUCAAGCUUUACAAGUUGGUCAAGCAUAUUCUGAAACUAGCCUUGUGAUUUCAAAUUUCACUUCACAAUUUUCAAAUAUAUUUGAUUAUCUGAUAGCGUUAUUCCAAGAAUCUAGUUAUUAUUCAACAAACAUUUUCACGCCAUUAGAAUACUUUUCAAGUUCAUUUUCAUUAACCUCUACUAUCAAAACCACAACCAGUAUCAUACAUGCAUCAAAAGAAUUUAAUUCUGAAACUACAAUAAAAGAAAAAGUUGACGUAAAUUUUUACAUUGGUGUUUACGUGUUAAUUGGAUUAUUUACAUCAAUAUUAGCAUCCUUCAGAUCCUAUUAUAUGUUUAUGGGUUCGUUGUCGGCUUCCAAAAAGUUUCAUACUGCAUUAGUGGAUCAGAUUUUAAAAGCGAAAAUAAGAUUUUUUGAUACAACACCAAUAGGUCGUAUAAUGAAUCGAUUUUCUAAAGAUAUGGAGACAAUCGAUCAAGACCUAUCACCUAUAUUGAUGUUCCUUAUUCAUUCUUGUUUUGCAACUGCCGCUGUCAUAUUUGCUAUAUCUCUUGUAAUGCCACAAUUUUUAUUUGCUGGUAUUCUCAUAGCAAUCAUAUUUAUUAUUAUCAGCGCGUAUUUUAUUGCUACUUCAAGAGAUUUAAAACGUAUAGAGUCUGUUACUCGUUCACCAAUAUAUGCAGCAUUUGGUGAGACAAUAAAUGGUGUUACAACUAUAAGAGCAUUCGGAGCACAGUAUAGAUUAAUGAACAAAACAUUUACACUUGUGGAUAAUAAUAAUACUCCAUAUUUAUAUAAUUGGGCUUGUAUCAGAUGGCUUCAUACACGUGUUGAUCUUGCAGGAAGUCUUGUGUGCUUUUCAACUGGUCUUAUUAUUUUGUAUAGAUUGCCGAAAGGCAUGAGUCCAGGAUUAGCAGGAUUUGCACUUCUUUAUGCAUUAAAUUUUACUGAAAGUAUCAUAUGGGUUAUUCGAAUGUAUGCUAUGCAAGAAAUAAAUAUGAAUUCAGAACACGACGAUUUAUCAUUAAUGAACGCGCUUCGACGUGCACAUUUUAUUGAUAACGAAUCCACAAUAACAUCAUUGCCGACAACAUCAUCACCAAAUAAUAAUAAUAUAGAAAUUAUUGAAGAUGGGGAUAAUAGUAAUGAUACUGAUGCGUUGUUAAUAGAUAAUAAUACUCAAGUUCAAAGUCCAACAACUCAAAGCUCAAAUCAAAUUACUUGGAGUUUAGAUUCACUUGUAAGUGAAAAUGGUGGUAAUUUUUCACAAGGUCAACGACAAUUGAUUGCACUCGCAAGAGCCUUAGUUCGUAGCUCAAAACUAAUAAUUAUGGAUGAAGCAACCGCUAGUGUUGAUUUCAAGACAGAUCAUAUGAUUCAAGAAACUAUACGACAAGAAUUUAAAGAGUCUACAUUGUUAUGUAUUGCACAUAGAAUAAGAACUGUCGCAGAUUAUGAUAGAAUAUUGGUUUUAGAUGAAGGAAGAUUAGUAGAAUUUGAUCAUCCAUAUACUUUAAUGCAAUCUGAUGAUUCAUUAUUUAGAACGAUGUGUGAAAGAAGUGGCGAAUUUGCAGAGUUAUUAGAUAUAGCCAAGGCAAAAUAUGAAAAGGAUUUAAUAUAA